AACUAGACAAGAGAUUAAGAAAAUUUUCUAUAAAUUCAAAGGCAGGAGAUGGAGAGAAUUAGGAAUCAGAGAGCUUGUAAGAGUUGCAAGAGAUUAGAAACUUUCACCUCCUUAGAUUUCAAUCUUCUCUUCUUCUUUUUUUCUGGUUCUCAUAUUUUCAUGUCUCACACUGUAUAAUUGCAAAUUUGUAAUUCUUUCUUGCUGUUUUGAUGGGUUGCUUUACUUCUAAACAUGUCAUCAAGCACACACCUGGAUAUGAAGAACCAACAGUUCUUGCUUCUGAAACUUCUUUUACUGUGAGUGAAGUUGAGGCAUUAUAUGAGUUGUUUAAAAAGUUAAGUAGCUCAAUAAUUAAAGAUGGGCUCAUACACAAGGAAGAAUUCCAACUAGCACUCUUUAGGAACAGAAACAAGCGGAAUCUCUUCGCAGAUAGGAUAUUUGACUUGUUCGAUCUGAAGCGCAACGGAGUGAUCGAAUUUGGAGAGUUUGUUCGAUCUCUAAGUAUCUUUCACCCAAAUACACCAGAGGCAGAUAAGAUUGCGUUUGCAUUUAAAUUGUACGAUCUAAGGCACACUGGCUACAUUGAACGUGAAGAGUUGAAAGAGAUGGUUUUGGCCAUUUUGAAUGAAUCAGAUCUCUUUUUGUCAAAUGAGUUCGUUGAAAUAAUAGUUGAUAAGACAUUUACACAAGCCGAUUUGAAAGGCGACGGAAAGAUAAACCCUGACGAAUGGGAGGAAUUCGCAAAGAAAAAUCCAUCUUUGUUGAAGAACAUGACUCUUCCAUAUCUGAAGGACAUAACAAUGGCCUUUCCGAGUUUUGUUGUGAACUCCGAAGUCGAUGAUUCAGAUUUAACUUUCUGAUGCUGAAACUAAACAUUUAAACUGAGGAUGAAUGUUGAUGAUGUUAUUCAGAGUUAUCAUGUAAAUCUCACCUUUUUGAGCUUGUAAUUAGUCCAUCCGUUAUGCUCUCUGUUAGUGCUUAUACAAAGUUAGAACUCAUCUACCUAUUUUAAAUUUUUAAC